UUCGAUCACCCAUAGGGUAUAGAUUAUUGUCUGUGUUAAAAAUUCAAUUUAUUAUUAAAUAAUAAUAAAAUAAGCUUAAAAAACCUAGCAAGUAACUACAUUUUGUGUCACAAAAAUUGCAGAUUAUUUCUCAUUUAUUUUUUUAUAUAGUGAAAUAGUACAAAAUGUAAGGUGUAAUAAACUUUUAUUGUAAUUAAUUUUUUACCAAAAUGAUGUUUGGAGAACAUUCAAAAACACAAUUCAUUGAACAAACAAGAGCUGCGAGAGUAGAACGAGCAAAUGAUCGUAAACGAGAACAAUCUGUUAUAAUUGUCCAGUCAAUAGUCAGAGGAUGGCUCGUUCGAAGAAGAACUCAUAAUCUCGUAUUGCAACAAUUUGAUGAUGCUUUUAGUAAUAUAGAUGAAUUAAAACCAGCAAUCAAUGUAUAUUUAAUUGGUAAAAAAUUUUUAAGCCAAUUGAAUCAGAAACGAGAUAAACAAAGAUUUGAAAAAUUUUGCAAAUAUAUUAUUCGUAGUCUUGAAAGUGAAUCUCUAAAACUAAGUUAUGUAUCGGUAGCUUUGUCAAAAGAUCAUGCAGUCAAUUGGAUAAAUCAUGUAAAAGAAAUUCUAUCAAUAUGUCUUCUAUAUUUAUCCAAUCUUCAACCAAAGACGUUAGAUGAAUCAUCAUUGUUAUACACAUUACUGCAUAUGAUAGUUUCCUUUACAUCAACAUCAAUGUGGUGUGCUAUACACUCAAAUAAAAAUUUGCAAAACUUAAAACCUGGAUUAGAACGAUUAACUGAAAACUUAGUGGCUCACUUAUUAUGUAAAAAUGUAUUCAAUAUUAUGCAGACACUGUUGAUUAACGGAUUACUUGGAAUUAAGAUUUUUUUAAAGCCAGUUUCAAUGUCUGCAAUUAUUACUAUAUGUUGGCGGUGUUUAGUUUUAAGUAAUUUUUCUACUAAUGUUUUACAAAUAUUUGUAGUUGAAAUAUACUCAGUACCAUUAUUGAUUGAGAAUAUAGUAACUUUCUCAUCAAAAUUUAUUGUAACAUUUCAAUCUGGUAAUCUACUUGAAAAGAUUUUGCAGUUGGUAAAUGAUCAGUCUAAGUGUAAUGAAAUAUUUCAAUCAAUACAACCAAGUUGGUGUUUAUCAUUAAUUGCUAAUAUUAUCCAACUGGCUGAACUCAGUGCUGAAACUAAUGAAUUUGAAAAUAAUUGUAUUCCUUUGUUUGUGGUUGGUUUGACAUUAUUUUUAGAAACGAUCAGAGUACAUGUUACUAAAAAACACUCUACCGUAUCAAGCGUUUGGCAUCCAGAACUUGGAUGGUUUACAGCAAAUUCAAAAUGCCCAUGUUCUCCUAAUGUCCCUCCUUUGAAAAACCAACUAAUAUUAUUGUGGUGUGGUAAAUUGUGCACAAAGCUCUUACGUUUUAAUUUAGUUAAAGCUUUAAUGUCUGUUCCUGAUCAUCAGCAAGUACCAUCACCUCCACCUAAAACAAACAACCCAUUAACAUUAAUUAAGAAAGCGUUGGAUUUGAGGCCAUCAAAUACAAAUCAAUCAAGUUCAAAACUAACUGAUAUUCAUGGAAGUAGAGUAGUAGCUGCUUGCAACUUAUAUUUUACUUGUCUUAAAACAAUAACACAGCUAAGACUAGAUAUUAUUACAGGUUUAUGCUAUCAUGAAGAUACAUUAUAUUUACUUUGGAGGUAUCUAGCUUUUCUAGAUUCCCAUUGUGGUCUUAAGAAUUUAUUAAAUAUUUUGGAGUAUGAUAAAAAUUGUAUUUCGAGCGAACUGCGUAUGCUACAUUUGUUUUGUGAUUGUAUGUCACAUUAUAUUACCAUUCUUGACGAUAUAGAAAUGUACGAACAACAAAAACCAUUCAUAUUACGUGAUUACAUAUUAAUGUCAAGUUUCUUAAACUUCUUUCUCUACAAAGGAAUAUCUCAAAAUCUAUUUGGUAUUCAAGAUAUGGGAGCCAAUAGUUUAUUUCGUUCUUGCCAUACUCUACUAAUGGUACUCUACAGAAGAGAUUGUCGUAGAUCUUUUACUCCAAAUAAUCAUUGGUUAAUAAAUGAUCUCAAAGCAUCUACAUUUUUCAAUGAACUCAACAAAGGCCGUAAAUCACACUCGAUACUAAUCCAAGAAAUGCCGCAUAUAAUAUCACAUGAACUACGUGUAAGACUUUUUAGAAAAUAUGUUGCUGCUGACAAAUCUGCUUUAGGUGUAAGCCAAUAUGAUGCCCUUCAUCCUACAAUUAUUACUAUACGACGGAAUAGAAUUAUUGAAGAUGGUUAUUUGUAUGUUUCGGAAAUGUCUCAGAAAAGUUUUAAAGGUGUAAUAAGGGUAAAAUUCAUUAACGAACAAGGACUAGAUGAAGCAGGAAUUGAUCAAGACGGAGUUUUUAAAGAAUUUCUUGAAGAGACAAUCAAAAAAGUAUUUGAUCCUUCUCUAAACUUAUUUCGUACAACAGAAGAACAAAGAUUAUAUCCAUCGCCUUCAUCAAACAUUCAAGAAAAUCAUUUAAACUUAUUUGAAUUUGUUGGCCGAAUUCUUGGAAAAGCUGUAUAUGAAGGUAUUGUAGUUGAUGUUCCUUUUGCAUCAUUCUUUUUGAGUCAACUACUUGGACAAAGCCAGGAACUACUGUAUAGUUCAAUGGAUGAGUUACCAUCAUUGGACAAUGAUUUGUAUAGAAAUUUGACGUCUGUUAAACAUUAUCAGAGUGACGUUUCAGAAUUAGAUCUAACAUUUUCAGUAGUAAACAACCAUCUUGGGCAGUUAAUUACACAUGAUCUAGUACCUGGUGGAAGAAUGAUCUCAGUUACCAACCAAAACAAAAUUAACUAUGUUCACUUGAUGGCACAUUAUGUUAUGCAUACACAAAUUAAAGCACAGACGUCAGCAUUUAUUAAAGGCUUUAGAUCUAUUAUAAAUCCAGAUUGGUUAGCCUUAUUUUCUACACCAGAGCUUCAAAAAUUAAUUUCUGGUGACAACGCGCCGAUUAAUCUGCAUGACCUAAGAAAACAUACACAGUAUUAUGGAGGAUUUCAUGACUCUCAUCGUGUAAUAUUAUGGUUAUGGGAAGUCUUACAAAAAGAUUUUACAGAAAACGAACGAGCUCUUUUCCUGAAAUUUGUGACAAGUUGUUCAAAACCACCUCUACUUGGAUUUGCUCAUUUAGAACCACCUUUUUCUAUAAGAUGUGUAGAAGUGGGAGAUGAUGAAGAUACAGGUGACACAAUUGCUAGUGUUAUUCGUGGAUUUUUUACUAUCCGUAAAAAGGAUCCACAACUUCGUUUGCCUUCUUCCUCUACUUGUUUUAACUUACUUAAGCUACCAAAUUAUCAAAAAAAAAGUAUUCUUAGGGAUAAACUCAGAUACGCAAUCUCAUCUAACACUGGAUUUGAACUUUCUUAAUGACGUUACUCUAAUUGAGUAGACUGAACAUAUUUCUUAGUAAUGCAUCCAACAAUGUUGUAUGCAAAUGAAAUGUGUUAAUGAAAGAUGAUAUUUAGUAUUUACUGUAUUUAUAAGUCUACCAUAAUUAUUAUAAAAUUACGAAUUAUUAUUUUGUGAUGUAAGUAUAUUUUAUUAUCUUUGUAUUUAUUAUUACAUUCUAUUAAGUGGAAAGUAAUGAGUAGUAGGUAAAUGUAAAUUUAAUUUAAUAAGUAAUAAAACAUUCUAAAUAUUAAAUAAAUAUAUACAUAUGUACACUAAUAAAUAUUUUAAUAUCGGGACAAGGUAACAUGAUCAUGUUUACCAGUGAAACUCUAUUUAUUAUAAUUAAAACACAUUUUAAUGUUUGAAAAAAAAAAUUUUAAUUAUGGUUUUAAUAGUGUAUUUUUUAAAUAAAAAUUAAUGUGACUUUAACAUUUUUGAAAGAUGAUUUUUCUUGGCAUAGGUUACCUAUUUUUAAAAUAAAUUAAUAUUUUCAUUAGUAUAUUUUACCUAAGUAUAUUUUAAAAUUAUUCUAACCCAGGACUUUUAG